GCCGCGUGUUCCGCAGCCAUGGAGUACCUGCCGGCCCCCGCGGCCCCGGCGCAGGGACACAUCCUGUGCUGCCAGUGCGGUGUCCCCAUCCCGCCCAACCCGGCCAACAUGUGCGUGGGCUGCCUGCGGGCCCAGGUGGACAUCACCGAGGGCAUCCCCAAGCAGGGCACGGUGCACUUCUGCAAGCAGUGCGAGAGGUACCUCCAGCCUCCAGGAACCUGGAUCCAGUGUGCCUUGGAAUCCAGAGAGCUCCUGGCUUUGUGUCUGAAGAAAAUCAAAGCUUCCCUGAGCAAGGUCCGGCUGAUUGAUGCAGGAUUCAUUUGGACAGAACCACAUUCCAAGAGGCUCAAGCUCAAAUUGACUGUUCAGAAAGAGGUGAUAAAUGGGGCAGUUCUGCAGCAGGUGUUUGUGGUGGAGUACAUUGUUCAGUCCCAGAUGUGUGAAGACUGUCACAGGAUUGAAGCCAAGGAUUUCUGGAAAGCUGUGGUGCAAGUCAGGCAGAAGACUGUGCACAAGAAGACUUUUUACUAUUUGGAGCAGCUGAUUUUGAAGCACAGGCUCCAUCAAAACACACUAAGAAUCAAAGAAAUCCACGAUGGCCUGGAUUUCUAUUACUCUUCCAAGCAACAUGCCCAGAAGAUGGUGGACUUCCUUCAGUGUACAGUUCCAUCCAGAUCCAAAUCAUCCCAACGUUUGAUCUCCCACGACAUUCACAGUAAUGUCUACAACUACAAAAGCACUUUCUCUGUGGAAAUUGUUCCCAUAUGCAAGGACAACGUUGUGUGUCUGUCACCCAAGCUGGCCCAGAGUCUGGGGAACAUGAGCCAGAUCUGUGUGUGCAUCAGAGUGACCAGCACCAUCCACCUCAUCGACCCCAGAACUCUGCAGAUUGCUGAAAUUGAUGGGAACACCUACUGGCGCCACCCCUUCAACAGCCUGUUCCACCCCAAGCAGCUGGAGGAGUUCAUCAUCAUGGACAUCAGCAGGGUCAAUGAGAGGAAAAAAGGUGCUGGGGCAGGGGCUCGGUCAAACAAGCACACUCUGGCUGAAGCCUGGGUCAGGAAAACCUCGGAGCUGGACACAGAUCACCAAUAUUUCUGCUGCACUCACCUGGGGCACAUCCUGAAUCCUGGGGACCUGGUCUUGGGCUUUGACUUGGCCAACUGCAACCUAAAUGACGAAUUUGCCAACAAGAUGAACCCCCAGCAUAUUCCUGAUGUGGUGCUGAUCAAGAAGAGCUACGACCGCUCCAGGCGGCAGCGCCGCAGGAACUGGAAGCUGAAGGAGCUGGAGAGGGACAGGGAAGCCUCAGACACAGAUGAUGAAAGACAAUACCAGGACUUCCUGGAAGAUCUGGAAGAGGAUGAGAACAUCAGGAAAAAUGUCAACAUUUACAGAAAUGCAGAUAUUCCAGUGGAGAGUGACACAGAUGAUGAUGGAGCUCCACGGAUCAGCCUGGCUGAAAUGCUGGAAGAUCUCCACAUUUCCCAGGACGCCACUGGAGGGGAGGGGGCAGAAAUGCUGACAGAAAAACUUCCCUGCAAAGCCCUUGAUCAGAAAGAUUGGAAAAUCCUGUGGAGUGUGAUGAGUAUUGAACUCUAGCCCAUGUCUGGAUCAGUGGAUUCAAAGCAACGUGCUCAGCAAUUAAUUAAUAAACCAGCUAUAAAGGAUUAAAAA